GCCCACAGCAGUUGUUUAUCUCUUGUAGCCUUUACAUGCAUCAACAUCUGCUUCAGGUGUCAGAUGUGCAACUUUGUCUUUGGGGGGGAAAUUACUUUUUAAACAGUUUUGCGUGACAGUGCCCCUUGGCGUCUCCUCACUGUCCAAUCAGCUUUGAGUGUCUGGUUACUUCCUGGUUACUUAAGGAGCCGCUGCUAUGGUAAUGACACCAACAGUUGUGAACCCGGAUCCUCCACGUCGGGACCGGUGACUCUCUCCAGAUGUUUUAUAGGAUCCAGUGGUGAACCUGUUGUUGUGGAAGUCAGGGGAUGCAGGUGCAGUCGGUUCCCCUCGGCUCGGUCACCAUCGGCCCGCUGUCUUGGCGCGAUGGGACGGUUCGCUCCAUCCGGCGUGCGGAGCGCCUGGUGCGGGAGACUCGUGCAGGGAGGUCGGCGGAGACUCGCGGCCGGACCCGGGGCAGCAGCGCCGGCUUCACCCCGAAGCGAACAGCGGAAACUACCAGUGGAGAUAAGAUGACAGAGGAGGAAGGAGGAGGAGGAGAGAGUCGUGUCUGCAAAGACAAGAUGUCCAGGCCUCAAACUACAGGAGGCAUGUUCCCUGGUUCGUCCCUGAGGGCGUUUCCGCCGACCAGCUUGCGUGAGCAGUGCGCCGGGGCCAGCGGUGCCGUGGCCGGUGAGUACAUGCGCAGGGUACGGGAGGUGGAGGGCCACCUGAGGAGGCAGGCCGGCAGGGUCACCCAGGAGGGCGUGAAGCUGGAGCGGGAGAGGGGUCACCUGGAGAGGAUGCUACGCAGCAUCAGCACCAAUCUGACGAUCAACAGGAAGAGCUCGGAGGGGAGGAAGAGGAGACCAGCCACUGCUGAGACGGAGAGAGACGGUGCUGAUUACUUGCUGCUGUGUGAGAGAAGAGAGCUGGUGGAGCUGAAACAAGAUCUGGAGGCAGCGCUGAGAAAUGCACUGGCCCAGCUGCAGGCUCUGGGGCAGAGCAGCAGACGGCUGCUGGACUGUGCCGCUGAGAGAGCUCGUGUGCUGGAGCUGCUGCCUCACAGCGGCUUGGCUGCAGGACGCAUCAGCGCUGCUCAGAAUGUCACCAAAGCAGACCCCGCCAGCCCCUUCACACCUGAGUGUGAACAAGUUCUCGAGUCGUCCACUGUGACCGUCAACCAGUCACAGCUACUGAGGGAAACCAUCAGACAGAUGCUCACCAGCACCAUCGGCAGGCAGAAGGCUGCUCACUGCACCGUCAACGAUGGCCUAGUGAAGAAAAUUGCAGAGACAGUCAGUCUGCAGCAAAACCUGACUCUGAUGCGUGCAGCCACCAGGCAGGCCGUGUUCCGCAAGCAGAGGGAAAUCAACUGUAUCCGUCACAGCCACGGCAGAGCGCAGGGUCCAGAGUCCAGCGGGGACACGCUGUCCAGAGAGAAACUCAACAGGCCUCUGGUGCAGGUUUAUCAGAGACACCCGGGGACUCAGUUACCUGAGGCUGCACAUCUCAUACAGGGCAGUGCAGUGCUCAGACAGUGCCUCAGGUCCUCUGAGGGCGAGCUGGAGAAGCUGCAUUGCGCCUGUUUACAGCUGCUGGACGACCUGCGUGGCAAGAGAGCAGCAGCCCAGGUGGACGCAGGCGUGAUUCGCAUGAGGCGUCAGCAGGUCGACAAGCGAGCCAUGCCUUCUCUCCUCCAGCAGGGGGCAUCCAGAGGCCAUGUCCCCUCCUUCUAUGUGGAGUAGAGCUGCAGAGCUUGAGUACAGAGUGUAGAGCUAACUCAAUGUGUGGUGACAACAGGAAGCUGUGUGCAAGAAUAUUAGGUAAAAGCUGCAAAGCUAUGUACAUUAACCCCUGUGUCAGUAAAACCCUGACAUGUAUUAAAAGCUAUAGGUACUUUAAAGUGUUUCAAAAACAACAAGCACGACUCUUCUGUUGAAAACGUUGCAUUUCUCUGGCCGAGAGAAAAACAAGAGGAUUUGUAAACAGUGACUCAAGAAAAACAAAUUCAUUCACAUAUUCCUAAAUCAGUUAAAUGUUCUAUAUUUAUGUGACUGAGAGAAUCUUAAUUGUCUUGAUGCAAUAACCCCCCCCCCCAAAAAAAAAGAUUUAUUUGCUGAAAUUGUUAAUUUUAGCCUAAUUAGUUCAAUUUACUGCAAUAAAACAUGACCACAAUAGGAACAAGGGACCUUUUGUAUCGCUGAAACAAGAAGAGGAUAGAGAUGAAGUGAUGCUGAAUAUGCAGGGAUGGAGGCACCAAGUUACUUUACUCUUUGUACUGUGACAGAGUUGUUAAUUGUGAACCAGCCACAGUCUGUGCAGUCGCUAUUGGAGGUUUUCACUUAUUAAAAUGAAAUAUGAACAAACAUCAGAGUUGUAAGGAUUAUAUUAAAUAACAUUUUUGGGGAAAAAAAUAUUUAACCAGAUUUUUUAGUUUGGUCCAUGUCCCAACUAUUAACGUGGAGAAGUUGGGAUGAAUGACCCAUACUGCAGCCAGCUACUAGGAGAUGAUCGAGGCGUUUUGGCUUAAAAUCUGUGGAGUCCGGGUGAUAUGAAACUGAAGCUAUAAUAUUUUAAAAGUGACUGAAAAAAAACAAUAAA